AUGGCAGCUGUUGUUAUUUUUUUUCAAUACUUGUGGGAAGUAUUGAAACAUAAAUAUUUUAUCAUUGUGGCCGGUAUUCGAAUAAAUCGUUUGCUUCGUUCAACGUCAUAUCAAGUCUCGUACAAACGACUUCUUCUUCAUGAUUUAUCCAAAUUAGGACCAGCCGAAUUUUGGCCCUAUGCGGAACAUUUUUGUGGAAAGAAAGGCGUCAAUCAAAAGAACGAUAAUGCAUUUGAUGUCGCUUGGUUACAUCAUGUAGCUCAUAAUGAUCAUCAUUACGAACACUUUAUUUCAAAUUAUUCACAAAUAGCUAAACGAGUACGGAAUGAUUCAGAAUUAGCUCAAAAUUUCGUAAGAGAAAUGCCUGACGAUGCUCUUCUGGAAAUGGUUGUUGACAAUGUGGCUGCUACUCGAUCAUACGAAGGAUAUUGGCCUAGUGGAACAAAAAAAGACGGAUGGAUAUGGAUGACGAAGUACUUCGAUCAUUAUGUUCUUCAUCAAAGAACUCGUAUCAAAUUUGGCGCUCUCCUUUGUGCUCUCGGUUAUGCUCAAGUGUUACCAAAUGAAUUCGAUUGGACACAAAUUUACCGAUCAGAUAUUACCUCUGAUGAUAGAAUGAAGCUUGCGCAACUCGAGACACUGGCAAAAAAAAUGGUACUCAUGGACUUUCUCAAAAGAAACGAUAAAGAGGCGGAUUCAUGAUGAUGACAUUGAAGCGUUGAUUUUUAGUUAGAAGAAGACAUAUAGUAGGUGAAACACCCUUCAAAAUAGAUACUAUUCAACGCUAAGCAUUCGUAAUUGAAGAAAAAAAUGCAUGUUUUUCAUAUUCAGUAAAUGUAGAUCCAACACUAUUCAGUCUAGAAUAAAAAGCGUUCCAACUAGUUAUGAGAUGAAUUCUUGUUUCGUUCAAAAGCAUAAUUAUAAUGAACAAAAAGAUUGUUGUUUAGAUUGAGGUGAAGAGUGUCGACUAUGCAUUCUUCGUCAAAACAAAAAGAUGUAUAUAUAUACAGGGUGUCCCAAAAGUAACAAGACAAGGAAAAAAAGUUUGAAUAUCUCCAUUAGGGCUCGAUCAAAUGGGCUCAAUUUUUUAUCAAGGAUAGAGGCAUCUGCACACUCCAAAUCCAUACGAACAAGGUGAAUGAGAACCUUUGUUAAGUAUCACUAUUGACCUCAACAAUAAAAUUUUUACUUUUUCACAGACAGGAAAAUAAAAACAUAUACUUAACAAAGGUCCUCACUAAGCUUGUCUGUAUGGAUUUGAAGUAUAAGCAUGCCUCUAUUUUUGGUAAAAAAAUCAGCUCGGUUGCUCGAGCCGUAAUGGAAAUAUUUAAUUUUCUUUUCGAUA